AUAGAUUACCGGGAGAAAAGUUGUAAAAAACUGCUUGAAAUAAUUAUGAAGAAUGAUUCUCAAUGGCACUUUGACAAGGUCGUUUCAGCAAUGAAUCAGACGGGAUGUAAACCUUUAGCUAAGAAAAUGAAAGCAAGAGAAGACCUGAGUAAAAAAUUAAACUGUGAAAAAGUGUGGCAUACAACACUAACUGAAAAAGACGCCAGUAGAUAUUCAACAGUUGUCGGGACUAACUGGGAUCAUCUUUUUAUCCAUUUGGACAUUCCAAUGACAGAAAUUCAACAACAAAAGGAAACAAGUGGGAACAAUAUCCAAAGCACAAUCACAAAUCUAUUAAUUAAAUGGCUCAAGCGCAAGCAGGCAGAGGCUACACAUGGUAAACUUAUAAAGACGUUACAAGUUAUCGAAGAAGAUAAUCAAAUAGAAAUAGACUGGCCUAAAGUGAAAAAAAUAUUAAACACGAUUUAAUAUUAUGGAGGAGAUACACUUAACCUAGUUCCCAAAUAAUGGUUGUUACUGCAUAAAUAAUCUAUUUCUACAAAACAUUGAUUCAAAUAAUCGUUUUGUAAAAUCGAUUUUUCUUGAUUUUUUUCUAUUUUUUUUAGUCUAAUUUUCUAUAAUUCAAAAAUGAAUAUACAAUGAAUAUUACAUGUUUUUGCUAUCUAUGAUGAGCAUAAGCAUAUAUUCAAUGCAAUUAGGCGUUAAACAUGAUAUAAAAUUUACAUUCUUGUCAUAUUUGAGAUGUUUGCUUGUUUAGUUGAUAUAUUGUAAAACAAUUGGUUAAAUCAAGCAGCUCAUUAAAAAAAAAUCUCAACUACAGGUGCUUAAAUUACAUUAUAGUCGUUAAAAUAUAUGUGCUGAAAAUUUAAAAAUGUAAAAAAAAUCUUAUUCCCUUGUACAAUAUCAAUUAGUUUAUUCAGCCCUCGGGGACAAUAAUUUGUACAUUAUUAAUCUUGUUGUUUAAAGUAUUUGAAUGUCUCAGAACAGCUCUUUAUCACAAACUUUAAUACAG